AUGUCAAAAACAAUGAAUUUCGAAAUUAUUAAUGCUAAUCUUCAACAGCAACAUAUGCACACUGACGGUUUACAUCCAUCUAUUACAUCUGGUCGUAUUCUUAUUGAAAAAUCAAUCUAUAAUUUGGUUCUCAAGACGAACAGAAUGAAACAUAUGUUAACAACAACAGCGAUAAAUUAUAAACGAAAUAAUAAUAAUAUAAAUAGUGUUAGAAAUAUAAAUAAUGUUAAUAAUAAUAAUAAUAGAAAUCAUUUUAUUAUAGAAGACAAUGGUAAUAAUUUACCGAUUAUGAGACCAUUACCCAGUGGUCUGGCAGAACGACCAGCAUUAUUAGAUUUUACAGACUAUCCAGAAAUAUUUGAUGAAUGGUUGCCAGAGGCAACACCAUGA